UAUGUGUGAAGUUGUCGUUUAGGAUUUCUUGACCUCGUUUUAUCCUAGAAAACAUAUAUUUGAAUGUUGCCUUACAACCGGGGACUUAAUUGACACCUGAUUUUCUAGCUUGUUUUUAGCCAGAAAUACUUAAACUAAAUUCCCAUUCUCAUGGAUGGGAAUGCAGAGCAGAAAGAGCAUGACCCUGGGUCCAAUCCCAACAUUGAAAACACAGAGCUGAAGAACGAUGAGCAACUCCAGCAUACACCAGCUGAAGAGCCCUCAGAAGAGGGCAAAUCCACUAAUGCUGAUUACUGUAAGAAUAUAGCUGACACGGCUACAGAUGAGGCUGAGGAGGUGGUAGCAGUGGAGCAGAGUGGGCAAGAGUCUGAAAAAGCUUUAGGGGAACAGGCAACAGAGGGUAUCUCAGCUGAGACAGAGGGAGGGAACCCAGCCGCUUCUGAGCCAGGAGAGGGCGCUGGAGAUGAGUCACCCACAGGACCCAACCUACAAACGAGUGAGACAUUCGAAGAGGGAGAGGUCCCGGAGAUGAAGCCUCUAACAGGGGAGCAUCUCUCCCGCGAGGGGAGCCUCACACUCGAAGAUGUCGACAACAACAAUGAUGAUGAAGACGGACCGCCAAAACUAGACCCAGGGACUCCCGAAGGGGAGAGUUCCGUGCAGGUUGAGGAAAAGGGUCCCUCUCUAACCAAAGAGACGGGCCCCAGCAUCGACUACAAAGAGUACAUGAACUUCCUUUAUGAGUUGCAGGCGGAGAAGGACAAACUGAGCCAGGUCAACGGUCAGCUCCAGAUCAAGCUGGUGGAGUACUUCCGCAAGAAGACAGGUGAUGACGCACGUCCGGAGAAGGAGAAAGCCGUGUCGGACCAGGAGCAGCGCUACCAGAAGUACAUGGCCAUCAUGGAGGACCUGAAGUGGCAGCACCGGCUGGACUCGGAGGCAGCCCAGCAGCAGGCAGAGGAGCUGAGGCAGCAGAGCCAGGAGAAGCUGGGCCAGCUGGAGACCGAGUGGAGCGCUUUCAUGGCACUGAAGCGCGACAUGGCCGUGACAGCCCUGAGCCGGCGGCUUGGGAAACAGGCGGCGGAGGUCGAGGUAGAGCAGAUCCAGGCGGCCGAGCAGCGGCGCCAGAAAGAGCUGGUCACCGUGCGCCUGGAGAAUAUCAAGCUAAAGAACAAGACGCGCAAGUUUGAGGCCACACUGCGUGCCAAGGAGAUGCUCGCUGAGGGCCUGCACCUCAUCGACUUCGAGCAGCUGAAGAUAGAGAACCAGACGUAUAAUGAGAAGAUAGAGGAGCGCAACGAGGAGCUCCUUAAACUGCGCAAGAAGAUCACCAGCACAGUCCAGGUACUAACACAUGUGAAGGAGAAGCUCCAGUUCGUGCAGAUGGAGAACCAGGACAAGCGGACCCAGUUGGCUGAGGUGGAGGUGGUGGUGGCCAGGACGAGGGAUGUGCUGACCAGGACCAAGCAGGCCAGGGAUGGCCUCCGCAUGGACAACCUGAAGCUGCGCCAGCGCUGCGGCCUGCUGGGCAACGAGAUCCUGCUGAGGGACUUUGAGGAGAAGGUUGACGCCUCAGACGACCUGGAGGAGAGGCUGGAGGGGCUGAAGAGGAGGCAUGCAGAGCUCAUACUGAAGUGUGCCGGGGUCAAGAAGAAACUGGAGUACACCAAACCCUAACCCUAACCCUAACCCAAACCCUAAUCCUAAUCCUAACCCUAACCCAAACCCUAAUCCUAACCCUAACCCAAACCCUAAUCCUAACCCUAACCCUAAUCCUAACCCAAACCCU